UGCCCGCGCGCCCACAGUAGUGCUAUGCCUGGCUGGAGACCGCUCCCGCGAAUCGCAUUCGCAGUAUGCAUAUAUCCCUUCCAGCCCACAUCGACUGCCGACCUUCCGCUUGAAAUUGGCGACGAGCUGUACAUAAUCGAGCAAGGAGGGAAGGAUGGUGCCUGGUACCGUGGCUACUUGGUUGCGCCGCCCUCUCUGCUGGCCGGCUUGACCAGCGUCAAGGGCCAGACCCUCGAGGCACGCGUCUUCUCCGGCAUCUUCCCUCGCUGCUGCGUCGAUGUGCGUGAGGUUCUGGGUGAGGGAAAGACCACACCCACCCUCCCCGACGGGCCUGAGCUGUCACCCCCACCGUCCGAAACUCAUGGCGACCAUGUCAACGGCCAUGCCACCAAUGGCCACGCCUUCACCCCUUCGGACAGCCCCAACGCAUCGCCCUCGGCAGCUGCAAAGUCCAGCUCACAGCAUGCCAGAAGAGCAUCCAAGACAGACUCGGUUUCCGUCCUGCCAUCCUCAGCGGGCCGACCCCUUUCGCGGCGGAAAUCCACCAAGAAGCGCGCUGGCAGCCAGGGCUCCCAAUGGACUGCCCGUUCCGACCAUCUGCAACAGCUCGCCCUGCCCCUCUCGCCCGUUUCCCCCCUCCCGCGCGACCCAAACGUCCCCCGACCGCUUGCCCCCGUGCCUAUGCUCAAGAUCGGUGAUGAGACGCCCACGUCGGCUCAAGAGCCAUUGGUCGACGAGAUUGCAUCCUGUCUGAGAGAAUGGCAUUCCACCAAACUGCACGAGCUGUUGCUGGCUAGGAAAUACAGUGCCUUGGACAAGAUGUCGGCCCUCGUCACUCGCCUGGAUACUGCCCGACGGCAGCUGUUGCACAAGGUCCUGACUGCAAAGGAACUCGAGAGAGUGCGUGAAGCGACCGUCUGGGACUUGGUUGCAGGAAACAAAAUGCUGUCCGGAGAUGUCAUCGUGCGCAAUCCUUCUCAGCGUGGUCGGAUACUGACGGGGGACGAUUCUGCCAUCGAGAUCACCAAGCUACAAUCUAUGAUGAGUUUGCUGGAAGGCCGACCUGUCCCUCACGUGGACGAGCACAAGAUGCAUCAUCUAUAUGUAAACCUGAAGCAGAUUGUGGGCGAUGUGACACAAGGAAACCCCCAAGUGAGCAUGCAUCUUUGUGUCAAAGUCCCAGGCGAGGCACCAGUGCCGCUGUCGGAAGCAUACUCCUUCGAUCUUACCGCUCGCGACGGUUCGCCGGUACCUUUCUCCAGUGACAAACUUCGGGCAUUGUUUGUGGACCUGAGCUCGACGGAUAUUGGCGAAGGAGCCGGUUCUGGCUCCAGCUUAUAUCUUGUCUUCAAACUCCUGACAAACGAACCGGCAAUUCAUUCCAGCACAGCCGACAAGAACAUUGCAAAAGAGUUCAACCCCACCAACGGGACUAGCAUACAAGCGUCGCAAUUUGGGAGUCUCAAAGGCCGCCGAAGUGCCAUGUUUGGCUCCAAACGUAAAGAAGCAAACCAUUCCUCCAACGGGUCCACCGAAAUACGCGCCGGAAGCAUUGACGCCACUCGGGACAAGGGGUCUGACAGUCGCCCCGGAACCAGCAUGACCAAGGUCAAAAGCAAUCCAAAAGACCAGAAAACAUUGAAAAGGGCGGUAGCAGCUGGCAUUCUACGAGUAGAUCAGCUCAUGCAGAGUCAGGCGGAAAUCGAACAGGCCGUGACUCUCUGGAGUGUUUCUGGAUCGCACGAUGAAGUGGCUGAGGAAGAGGCGGGUUGGGAGGACAUCCUCUACGAAAUCUACCCGAGUGCGAGCGGACGAUACAGAAAGCAUCCGCAGAUGAAUCGUGUAUCAGUCCAUCUGAAAGCAUUUGCUGAUCCUGAUGCGGAAUCGUUGAUAGAGAAAACUCCAACUCUUCUCCACAAUAUUCGACAGACACGCAAGAUCGGGUUUUCGGGAGCACCAACAAAACCCCGAAGCGAUAUCUACCUUACACUAGUCGAAGCCUUCAUGCCCCGGAGUUGCCUCCUUUCGCACCCUAAGACCGGGACGAUACCCCUUGCAGUUACGUCCCCAAUGAACAACUUACAGUUGACUAUUGAAGUCCGGAAGGCCUCUGGCGAACGAAUUGAAGGCUGCAUAUACCCAUCGACUAACAGUGCCGGACACACAGCAUGGCGAACCACUGCUGUAGAACGAGGCGAAAAGUGGAAUCACACAAUUCGACUGGCCAUUGAACCCGAAGAUGUUCCUGGCUCACACAUAGUAAUGAGCGUAGCUGACGCGCCCGAAUUCCCGUUCGCGUUGUGCUGGAUGCCUUUGUGGGAGAAUAAUGCUUUUGUACGAGACAGCGGAAAGACACUCUGCAUGUACCAAUACGACCAAUACACUUCGAGCAUGAUCAAAGGCAAAGGAGCGUAUCUCGGUCUACCCUGGAGCAUCAAGAAAGGGGACGACCAAGUCAUGGGACCGGUGGCCCAGUUACAUCUGCACACAUAUCUUUGCAGCACCAAAUACUCACAAGAUCCUGACCUACUCGGCCUUUUAAGAUGGAAAGAGCAAGCAGGCAACGAACUGGUAGGGCUACUGAAAAGGUUCCGCUACGUCCCAGAGAUCGAGAUUGUAAAACUUCUGAAUGAAGUUUUUGAUGCGCUUUUCGAGGUUCUAGUAGAAUAUGCCGGCAGUGACGAGUAUGAGGAUCUAGUGUUCAACGCUAUUGUGAUUGUUUUGGGCAUCGUCCAUGAUCGUCGGUUCAAUCUGGGGCCUCUCGUGGAUCAAUACGCCGAAACAAAAUUCAACUAUCCGUUUGCAACUGCCUGCUUGGUACGAAGUUACACUCGACUCUUGACCAGCCCUUCGGACCCCGAGUCGUCGCGACGCCUCCGAGCCACUUUCAAGGUCGGAAGACAUAUUCUCAAGUUCAUCAUCAAUGCACGGCAGCAACAAAAAGAGAAGGAAGCCGGCAUCGGAAUCACAACAAGGCAGCCUACGUUCACGAAAGAUCUACACUCGAUAUUCAAGUCGCUGGACCUUCUCAUGAGCAACCCAUCUGCGGUGUUGAUUGGAACAAAGACGAUAUUGGUUCAGAACUUCCACACAUGGCUACCGGAACUCUCGCCUUCGAUGUCAUCCACAGAGAUCUUGAGGUUGACUUCAAGUUUCGUGGAAUCGUGCUCUUCUGUGCAGGGCAAGUUGGUACUGUAUAAACUGUUGCUGAUUCAUCAUCUCACCGAUUUGAGUAUCUUCAAGGAACCAGACAUUCGACGUGUACUCCUCUCAAGCACGGUCAAAUGGCUUGCGCCGCAUUGGGGUAGUGUUGAGACGGUCACUGAUCAAUGGAAGGAUCAAGUAAGACUCUGUUGUUCGGUAGUCGCUUCUCAAGUGGAAGAGCUUGGGCAAGAAGCGUGCGAGUACUUUCCAAAACUGGUGGAAUCGUACCGAUGCAUUCAAUCCACGUCCAGACCAGCGAAGAACAGCCUUUCACUUCUGUUCCCUACAUCAUACCCAUUUCCUUCGCGGCCUACCACAACACAGACUGUUUUCGAUGAAGCUCUCGUUGAGAUCUCAGCAGUGCUCUCGGCAAUGUCCAAUCUCCCAUCCAUCAUCCACCUCGAUUGGCCCAAAGAUGACAUUGAGAGUUUCUUGCUCUCUACCUUGCAAGUGUACAUGUCGAUACUCGAUGGCGAAGCAUUCCCAAGCUCGUGGUUGAGUGUACACAUCUUCCAUCAUAAAGCUACGAUGCGUACAUUAGAAAAACUGUCCAGUAUCCUAAUGGACUCAUUCCUUCCUCACCCGGACGAAGCGGAUCAAUUCAGUACCGAUCUGUGGCGUGCCUUUUUCGAUACUCUGUUGAAACUCGUCGGCAGUGAUGCGUUGGCGCUGGAGACCUUUCCAGAGCAGAAGCGUCGUGCGGUAUGGAAGAUUGCUGGAGAUGUUCGCGAGUUGGGAGCAGAUUUGCUACAGCGCAGCUGGGAGGCUAUUGGAUGGGAGACGAGCCCAGACGACAAGAAACAGUAUGGCUUGGAGAAGAUGGGUGGUUUCCAAGUGCAAUACGUCCCAGGCUUAGUAGCACCUAUCGUAGAGUUGUGCCUAAGUGUCCACGAAGGCCUGCGAAGCGUUGCUAUUGAAGUACUGCAAACCAUGAUAGUCAGCGAGUGGACCCUGAGCGAAGACCUCUCAUUGAUUCAGGCCGAGAUGAUCGAUUGCCUUGAUCAUCUUUUCAAGUCGAAACAUCUUACUGAAGCUGUUCUGCAAAAGAGCUUUAUCAAGGAACUCAUCGACCUAUUCGAGCCCUUGGCUCACGACCCGGACGACCCUUUGUUCCUUGCAGUCAAAGAUCUCAUAACGACCCUAGACGAGCUGCUUGAUCUACUGGUUGCCGUCCAUAGCGCAGAGGCUGCUGGCGAAACAUUUCAUAUAAUGGAUACCCUCCAUUUGAUGGAAUUCCUCAAGGACAUGCAAAAGGAGGAUAUAUAUAUUCGCUACGUGCACCAGCUCGUUGAGCUUCAAACUAACGCUCAGAACUUCACAGAGGCUGGAUUAGCACUUCGAUUGCAUGCCGAACUCUACGAAUGGGACCCUACCAAUGUUGUUGAUCCACUUGUCGAACCGGACUUCCCAGCACAGACAUCAUUCGAACGGAAGGAGCAACUGUAUUUCCAGAUGAUCGAAAACUACGAAAGCGGACAGUCAUGGGGUGACGCGCUCGGCACAUACCAGGAGCUUGCGACGCAAUAUGAGCAUAAUAUUUUCGAUUUCGCGAAGUUGGCCAGAACGCAACAUGCAAUGGCAAAAAUCUAUGAGAGAAUUUCGAAGGGCGACCGACUUAACCACAGAUACUUCAGAGUCGUUUACACUGGAUUGGGAUUUCCAGUCAGUCUGCGGGACAAACAGUUCAUCUUCGAAGGGUCACCGUACGACAGACUGGCCACAUUCAUCGACAGAAUGCAGCAGCAACAUCCCGCUGCCCAGAUCCUGUCUAGCGGAAUGGAACAAGACGUCGAAGGCCAGUAUCUGCAGAUAUUUCCUGUGAGCCCACAGAAGGACCUUGCGCAUCCAAUCUACCAACGUGCCAAGGUUGUACAAGCCAUCCGUGAUCAUUACCUUCUCUCAAGGCCCAGCAUAUUCACCUCCGCGUCACGCCGCGCAGCCUCCGAGAGGUCGUCUGACGAAGCCACGAUCGAGAAGACAGUAUAUACAACGUCAGAAACGUUCCCUACGAUACUUCGUAGAAGCGAGAUCGUUGGAGUGGCAACCGUGAAAUUGUCACCGCUGCAAAAUGCUAUCGAACGGACGAAUCGCAAAACCAUCGAGCUCUCUGCCCUCGAGAAGAAAGCUACAACCGGAGAGAGCUCAAUCUUCACCACGUUGACUCAAGAGCUGAUGUUUGCCGUCGACACCACUCAAGAUUCGAGCGUUGCAAAUUACCAUUCACUACUUCCUGAACCCCUUCGGAAUUCCGUUGGUUCGAUUGAAGAGCUGGACAAACCCCACGAUGUCAUUGUCCUAGAGAAUGCACUCAAGGUUGCACUGACGGAUUAUGCUCUGACCAUUCGACGCUGUCUAACGCUGUACACAAGGCCUGCCCAGCAUGCUACCAAGGCAGAUCUUACACAACGACUUGAAAAUGCGUUUAGCCAAGAGUUGGCUCAUCUCGCACCAGCUAUGCUGCCAGCACUACCACGUUCACCCACUGGGUCGUGGCUUGCAGCGGCAACGUCUCCUUCGCGCAACGUAACUCCACCAAACAAUACCCCACAGAUCAAUGGCGGGGCAAGAGUGAAUUCGCCUGUUCCUGAGCCACGACCGACUCGCCAGGACAAGAAACGAUUGAGCCUUAGCUUUUUCAAUAAAGCUGACGACGAGGCGACGAAGCCAGACAAGGACAAAGAGCGCGAUACCUCCACUACCGCAUCAUCUCGCAGCCACAGUAAAGACACAGCCAAGAAUCGUCUGAGCUUGAGUCUCCUCAACGCCACCUCUCCGACUCCUGAGGCUUUGCCUACUUUCCCAAACUCGAUGAGCCAGCACAGCCUUGCAUUGGCACAGAGCCGGGGCCAGAGCAUCGAUGGUCGACCGCAGACUGGCAAAAGCACUAAGAGCGCAAAGAGUGAUAAAACCAUCCAACAGAGCAUGGGAAACAGCAUGAAGAAGCGGCUUAGUUUCAUGAGUAUGGGAAAGAAGAAGAGCAAAACCAGUUUCAAAGGUCGCCUCGAUGGUGCUCUAGCUGAGGAGUAAAGGGCAUUUGAUCUUCUUUCCUCUGCUGACUCCCCUUCGGUCAUCAACGUUCCUUCUUUUUCUUCUUUGUUCUUAUUCCCCUUCGCGCAGUCCAGCGGUACAUAUGUUUAGCCGUACUAAUACUCGUUAUUUUGUAUUUCGGCUUCGGAUGCAUUUCGAGAAGGUCGGAUUCAUACGGACUUUCUUCUUCUAUACCUGGUCACAUCGAAAAGGUUCUUUAUUCUUCUCUUUCUCUGUCUCCUUUUAAUACCUUCAAAUAUCUUCUUCAUUUUGUACAUGCUCCAGGGCGGGGCCGGAAUACCAGUGGGAAAACUGAUGGAGAUGGGUUGGGUAUACCAGUCUGAUGAGUUCGGGUUAGGCGGGUUGCGAAUGAUAUUUAGCUUGGAGCAGGUGGGAACACGAAGGGUGGUGAAAGUCGUUUGGAAUUUGUUCCCACGGUUUGAUCACAUUUUGGAUAUUGGAGGUCACGCCGCGGAUCUUGUUCUUCUUGUUUAUCUGUAUUAUCAUCGUUGCCAUAUUCUCUCUUCUGGCUACAUG